UCCCUCCCUUUCUUUUUCCCCCCUCCUCUUUCUCCCCUCCCUACUUUCCCAGCAAUCCCUGGAACCUGCUGAUCCCCUUCCCAGAACCUUUGAUGUCCCAGUUCCGGGAAGUUCUCCUUUAAGGAAGGAAACAAAUCCCUUUUGACUUUGUGUGGCCUCCACAGGGGUCACCGGAUUCCUGGAAUUCCAGGAUUCUUCUCCGGGGCUGGUUUUCUGAGGUUUUUCAACACCUCUACUCCUCUUCCUUCUCCUCUUCCUCCUCCCCCUCCCAGCAGAUCUAGCCCUUCCAGUCCAACCCGCCCUUCCCAGCACGGCUCCGGAAUCCUCCGGAACAGCCCAGCCACGUCCUUCCGCCCUCCUGGCCCCGGGAAUGUGACCCCAUGGGGGGAAUCGUGGGAUUUGUCCCGGGUGCCCCCCCCACCAUGUUCUCCAAGAAGAAGAAGCGGGUGGAGAUCUCGGCCCCGUCCAACUUCGAGCACCGGGUGCACACGGGGUACGACGCGUCGGAGCAGCGCUUCACGGGGCUGCCCCGCCAGUGGCAGGGGCUGCUCGAGGAGUCGGCCCGGCGCCCCAAGCCCCUCGUGGACCCCGCCUGCAUCACUGCCAUCCGCGCCCCCCAAAAGCCCAUUGUUCGCGGCUCCAAGGCCCCCCGGGAUGGGACUCCCGGGGGCCGGGACGGGACCCUGGCGUGGCUUCUGGACGAGCUGGAGGCUGUGUCCGUGUCCCGCUCCAACUCCCUGCGCCGGGACAGCCCCCCCUGCCCCCCCCGGGCCCCCCCGUGCCCAGAGAACGGCCUGGCCCCCGCUGGCAAGAGCCGUCGGGGGGGCCGGGGGGAGCCAGAGCCAAGAUCCCCCAAAGGUGUGGCCGAGCGGGACCCCCCGACCGCGCCCGCCCCCGGGGGGCUGCGGUGGGAGGAGAAGCGCCCCAAGUCCAGCUCGGCUGGCGAGGGACCCCCCCGGCCCCCCGCCCGCGAGCAGCGCCCACUCUCGGGGCCUGACCUGCGGCCCCCCGACAUUCCCGGCGCUCCCGGAGCGGGGCCGAAGACGGCGCCGCAGCCUGGACGCCCCUUCCACACCUACCCCCGCGCUGACACCGACCCCGCCCGGGGCCCCCCCGCCCAGGCAGAGCAUCGGCCGGGACGCCCACAGGAGGUGACGCCCAAUGGGCCGGUCCCCACUGGUGGCCCUGGCGGUCCCGGCUCCUCCUCUUCCUCCCACGCCCCUGGCCCCCCACGCCCCAAGGCCCCAGAGCCACCACCGCCCCCUGGGCCGGACCCUCCCGCUGUGCGGCCCCCCGGGCCCCCGCCUGCCCCAGGGGGGCCCCAGCGCGUUUCCCAUGAGCAGUUCCGGGCGGCGCUGCAGAUGGUGGUGGACCCCGGGGACCCCCGCACGUACCUGGACAACUUCAUCAAGAUUGGGGAGGGCUCCACGGGCAUCGUGUGCAUCGCCACCGUGCGCGGCUCCGGCAAGCUCGUGGCCGUCAAGAAGAUGGACCUGCGCAAGCAGCAGCGGCGGGAGCUCCUCUUCAAUGAGGUGGUGAUCAUGCGGGACUACCAGCACGAGAACGUGGUGGAGAUGUACAACAGUUACCUGGUGGGCGACGAGCUCUGGGUGGUCAUGGAGUUCCUGGAGGGCGGUGCCUUGACCGACAUCGUCACCCACACCAGGAUGACAGAGGAGCAGAUCGCGGCCGUGUGCCUGUCUGUGCUGCGGGCGCUUGCCGUGCUCCACGCCCAGGGCGUCAUCCACCGCGACAUCAAGAGCGACUCCAUCCUCCUCACGCACGACGGGCGGGUGAAACUCUCGGAUUUUGGGUUCUGCGCCCAAGUGAACAAGGAAGUGCCGCGGCGCAAGUCUCUGGUGGGGACUCCGUACUGGAUGGCUCCUGAGCUCAUCUCCCGCCUGCCCUACGGCCCAGAGGUGGACAUCUGGUCGCUGGGUGUGAUGGUGAUUGAGAUGGUGGAUGGGGAGCCCCCCUAUUUCAACGAGCCCCCCCUCAAGGCCAUGAAGCUGAUCCGUGACAACCUCCCCCCCCGGCUCAAGAACGGCCACAAGGUGUCACCCUCCCUCAAGGGGUUCCUGGAGCGGAUGCUGGUGCGGGACCCGGCGCAGCGGGCGAGCGCCCCAGAGCUGCUCCGACACCCCUUCCUGGGGGUCGCGGGCCCCCCAGCCUGCAUCGUCCCCCUCAUGCGGCAGCACCGGCUCCGGUGAGACUCCCCUGUGGAGGGGGGAGACCCCCCCGGCCUCCUCCUCCUCACUGGCACCCCUGAACUGGAGCGGCACUGGGACAUAACUGGUGGGGUGCUGGCAAGGAGCACCGGCCUCCCAAAGUUGUACUACUGAGCUGGGGGGGGGCACUCAGUGCCGUGGGCCCCCCCUAGCAGAGAUCUAGAGGUUGGAGGGGGGGCAUCAUCCUGGAGAUUUGAGGGUGCAGGGGCUCAUCCCAGUACCCUCCCCCAAGCAGCGAUUUUGGGGGAUGGGGGGCUCAUCCUGGUGCUCCCCUUCUUUCCCAUUCCUGUCAGAGA